AUGAAAAAGAAUCUGACAAUCGGCCUUUCAACUGGAGAAGAUCCAGUAAUGCUUUGUGGUGGAAGAGACGGAUUCCACAGGGGCUGUACUGAUCCUCCCGACGGACAAUACGACGUUCUCGCUAGUCAUAACAACUGGAGUCCCUACGUAGACAAAGUGCUCCCGAUCGCGUCGAAAGUAACCGUGAUUCGCCACCCGCUGAACCAAGUGGUCUCGCACUUUCACUAUUUCUUCCACCAGUGGCACAGAAUGGGAGUCAAGGAAAGAACCGUUGAGCAGUUCGAGCGAGCGCUGCUCAAAAUCAGAGGAAACAAAAUCUUCCCCGAAUCUCAGGGCGAAUCUAUGAAGAAUUUCAUCAGUCAAAACACGUUCGACCUGGGCCUCUCGCGGAUCCAGCCGCCAAAGUCGACGAUCGAAGAGGCCGCCGACUGGGCGACGGACUACUACGAUCUGAUCCUGCUGACUGAGCGCUUCGAGGAGUCCAUCAUUCUCCUCAAAGACAUGUGGAAUUUGGAACUGGAAGACGUCGUGGCGCUCAAAGCUAAGGACAACGCCGCGGCGAAAACUUUCGGAGUCGCCGAUUUGCCCAAAAAUCUAACGGAUUUCAUUUUGGAGAAAAAUCAUCUCGAUUUGGUCCUUUACGAAGCCGCCAACGCCGAAUUGGACAGAAAAAUCGAGCUCUUCGGAAAAGAGAAAAUGGAGGCGGAAGUUGAAGCUCUUAAAAAUGCGAAAAAAGAAGCUGAAGAACGCUGUGGCAAGCCAGACUUGGGAAGUACUCAAAGCAAGGCACCAUCUGUGGAUCAUCGCAGAGAGUUGACCGUGGAUGACGAGCUUUGCCAGCUGCUGAGAUUCAACGGUCUCGAGUUUACCGAAUAUCUCAAAGCGAAGAGGAAGCAAAAUAAUUGA